GUGGUGGGGUGCGCAUGCGCACGUGCACACUGGCCGCGCCGCCACCACGUAAACAUGGACGACUGAACUCCGUCUUAUAGCGAAUUAUCAGGCUCAGAUACAGUACAUUGCUGUAAUUACGAAGAUCUUUGAACACUUGGUACAAGACGUGAAGAGCCCCAUCCAAGACAGUCAAAUACUGCAGUUUACACCUCAAUGGAAAAAAAAGUUAAAUGGCGGAGGACAACUAGCAGUAACCAUGUGAGCACCAGAUAGUGAGUGUGCUUCAUCAUGGAUGAUAUGCAGCGUUUAACAACAGCAGCUUGUGCUGACUUAGAAAGGCUGGCAGCAGCUGCAGCUACAAUGGGGUACUCCUCGGACUCUCUUCCAGUGCCUGCUCAUCAUUUGCCAAGUGCUGUGCCACCAAGCACCUUGGCUCCUACAAUAGUGCCACAGUACCCAGAUCCUUACGACCUCUCACGAGCACAAUAUGCAGUAGCAAGGCUGAGCGAGUAUCAGCCCAGAACUGUAUAUGAUCAGUCUCGGCCUCCUCACCCUACAGCAACAACACAGCAUCAGCACAUUAUAUCUCCUGCUCACACAGUUUCAAGGAAUUCACAGUAUGCUGUAGACCGCUCUAACUUUCCUCACGUCACCAAUAGAUCACAACAGUAUGGGACUGUUGCUGCAUCGAGUAAUAGUUCUGCUGUUCCAGCAGGCAUUCAAUAUACUGACACCAAAGCUGUUAAUGCUAAUAACAGUGGAAUCCCACUUACACAGCCAUCUCUAAACCCAUCAACAGGAUCUAACAGCCUAGUUACUCAAGCUGUCACCCAAGCUGUAAUGCAUUUUGUUCAAGAUGGUUUGGCAUUAGAUUCUUCAGGAAAUAUACCUGCCCAACCUCAAGAGAAGAAGAAAAAGAAAGAGAGAAAAUCUGAGGCAGAAUCUAAAGACAAAAAAGAAAAAACUACCACAGAUGGUGAUACACUAGGUGAAGGUACAAGUAGAGAGGCAGUAGGAAAAGUAAAUAUUGAAGUUCCAGAACCUGUUCUUAUAGAAGGAAGAAAAUAUUACGUAUGUAAUCUGUGUGAUAUAAGAUUUCUUCGAAAGUAUCAAUUUAGAAGACAUCUGAUUGCACAUACAGGUGAGAAACGUGGUGCACUGUCUUUAGAGACGAAAGUGGAGAUUAUACGUCGAAUACAGUCAGGAGAAAAACAGGUUGAUUUAGCUAUGGAGUAUAAUGUUGGGAGGUCUACUCUUAGUUUUAUUAUGAAACAUGCUGAAAAAUUUCUUGGCGUAUGGAAAAAUGGAAAGUUUCAUCCAGAUAGUAAGAGAUUGAGAGGAGCACAAAGGGAAGAUGUGGAAGAGGCUUUAUAUGAAUGGUACAAACAAGCAUUGCAAAUGCACAUAACAAUUACUGGUCCUAUACUCUGUCAGAAAGCCAAGGAUUUUGCUGUCAAGUUGGGCUAUAAAGAAUUUAAAGCCACACAUGGGUGGCUUGAUAGAUUCAAACACAGAAAGAACAUUGUCCUUGGUCGAGGAAAACCGAACAAAGAUAAAGACAAUCAAGAUGAUUCGGAUGAUUUGAAAGGGGACUUCACUGGUCAAGUUUUGCCCAGUGCUUUGAUGGAGUUUGAAGCUAAUGAUGUUUUUCAUGCAGAUGAAAUAGGACUUCUUUACCGUAUCUUUCCUAAUAAAACUUCCACUUACAAAGGCGAUAGAUGUGCUGGUGGGAGUAAGAGCAAACACAGAGUAACAGUUCUUAUGUGCACAAAUAUGACGGGAACAGAAAAGUUUCCAUUAUUAGUAAUUGGAAAGCAUCCAAAACCAAAAUGUUUUAAGAAUGUCAAAAGUCUCCCUGUACAAUACUUGGCGAACUCUAAAUCGUGGAUGACUACUGAGAGUUUUACUGCAUGGCUUCAUGACUUAGAUUCAUGGUUUGUACAGCAAAAUAGAAAAGUUUUGCUUAUAUUACCAAAUCGUCCCAUUCAUCCCAAGGCACCUAAGCUAAAUGCAGUUAGAGUACUUAGUAGUCCACAAACUUUCAUUGGCCCAUGUAAACUUGGUAUCUCUCAUUCAUUAAAGAGAAACUAUCGAAGAGCAGUAUUAGAGACGCUGCUCAAUUUUAUGGAAGAAGAAAGUGCAAAGAAAAAGAAAAAGUCCAAGCAGUCACAAAUGCAUUUAAAUUUGUUGGCAUGUCUUCACUUACUUGCUGCAGCAUGGCAUGCUGUUACAGAUGUAACAAUAAAUAAUAGUUUUCAAAGGUCAGGAAUUGGAAAAUAUGCAUUGUGGGGAAUGAAUCUCAUGCCAGAAACAAAUUUAGGAACUGAGAAUUUAGAGCUUAUUCAUAAACUAAAAUCCAAAGGCUUCAAAAUUCCAGAUGGGAUUACAUUUGAUGAAUAUGUUAUGUUUGAUGAUGAUGUACAAAUUUGUCACUUAAUGGAUGAUGAUGACAUCAUUGCUACCGUGACUGGUGCUGAUUUAGAGUCUUCAGACAGUGAAGACGAGGAUGUUGAAGUAGAUAAAGUUAAAACCGAAGGCAAGGAAAAGGGAGAAUUGGCAGAGAGCGGUGAUACCGAAACUGGUGAAGAAGUUGAUGAUGGGCCAGCUAUGGCAGAGGUUGAUGCUAGUCUGGGCACUCUGCGACAACAUAUUCAAUACCAGGAAGGUGCUCAAGAAAUGUUUAGGGUUUUAGCCCAUCUUGAAUUUCUUAUUCAUAAAGGAGCCAGCAGACCUCCAGUAGCAAUAACAACCUCUGAAGCAACCACGUGAAGAAUAAUAAUAAUGACAUAAGAGGGUAGAAUGUAAUGUAGUAGUGACAGAAACCAGAGUUAAAUCAAAAGAUUUCAAUUCAAAUUAAUGAUAAUAUUAGAAAUUUAAAAAUUUAUGUUCAAAUGCCAUGUAAAAUUUAAACUUUGUAAGUUAAACCAUGGUUGUGUGUGUGUUUAGUGUGAGUUUUAUAUGUACUGUAUGUGUAUGUACUAAAUCAUAUUUAUAUGUAUAAACUAAAAUAUUUUAUGCAAGUUUGUUUUGAGUUUCCAUACAUUGGCUUUUUAAUUGUAGUAUAUAAUUGUACAAGAGUGUGUGUGUGUGUGUGUGAAUAUGAGUGAAAAUAUCAUUCCAGUGGGUGGGUUUGUAUUAUGAAUGGUGAUUUAGAUUUUAACCUCGACAAUUUUGCUAUACUGUAUUUUGGUGGCAUUGAAUAGUGCUUCAGCUUGAUCAUCGCUGCAUAUAUUUUAACUAAGAUUGAUUUAGUGUUUCCUGACGUAUUUGUUGAAUCUAAAUUUGUAGAUGAUUAUAAUAAGGACAGACAACCAUUUUGGGGAUUCUGUUUUAAUAUGAUGUAAUUAUCAUGGAUGAUUUACUGUUAAUGGAUUUAAACAGCUAUAUUGGCAUUUAUGUUUAAUGUGUAAUCUUCCAUUCCUUCAUGACAUAUAGAGAAGUCUUAUUUUCUCGAGGGAGGUUUCUUGAUGCUGGUGAAUGGCUUUUGAUCCAAGAAAUUGGACUUUUCUUCAGCCUCCUUGGAUUGAAACUGAUUGCUUUCCAUUCCCCAGGCACUGUCUGACCCUUGUGCAAUUAGCUUUCUUAAUGCGUGAAUACUUCCAGGUACAGUGAAACCUUGGUGUAAUGACCAAUAGGGAGAGGCCAUGUAUGCUGUAACAAAAAUCUGUUGCAUUAAAGUGACUGGUACAAUGGCCAUACAGUGCCCUCACAAGCAUCAAAGAACUUCCUUUGAGGGGAUGAAGUAAUGGACUACCCAACACGGACAAAUAACCAAUGCAGCAGACUUAGUCAGCUGUAUUGAUGGUACUACCGGACACACUAAGAAUAAACCAAUACAGUACAGUACUAUAAAUUAUAGUACUUGAAAACAAAAAGUUAAAAGAACAGUACAGUAUAGUAAUUUUUCUUACCUUUUCUGGAGAAACUCAUUCACAGUCAUUUAUUCAACAGUUAUCUUGCCAGAAGUAUGCAAUCAUCACAAGUCACAUGACCUUCCAGACUGCACCAUCCCUACCGUCCUUCAGAGUGAAGGCACUGUACUUCCCACCUUCAAGAAUGAAGCCCAGCUAACCAGUUUCCUUGAAUCCUUUCAUAAAUGGUUUUGUACCUUGCUUACACUCCAACUGAAAUCACUUUUCUCCAUUCCAAUAUAAGGCUAGGGGCUCUUGAUCCAAAGAGUUGGAUGUGUCCUUCCCUUGGAGCAAAUCUGAUUGCCUCCCAUUCCACAGGCUCUGUAUGACCCCUGCAAGUGUAGCUCUUCUCCUUUAAUAUAAUAAUAAUUACACAAGGAAAUCCUCCGAGUCAUUGAUUUAAAUAAGAAACACCUAGACAAAUACAAAGCCUUGUGGCACCCUACAAAUACCAUAUUUCAUCCACUGUGAUACGUUCCUGGUUUUAGCAUUCUCAUUAUCUAAAGUGCAAUCUUCCCAUUCUUUGUCUUGCUUGGAUAAUUUCUGUAACUGACACAGUAGCUUACAAUAAUUGGUUUGACGUGUAGGAAUCUGCUGAUCAAAACUCGACUGAUCCAAGGACUUGGAGCUACCUUUUCCUUCCUCAAGUCAAACCUAAAUACCAGGCACUGUAUAACCUAGCAUGUUAAGAGGGUCUCCAUAAAUGCAAUAAUAAAGUGAUUAUUGUGAAAAUCUUACUACUUCUCUAGCAGGUGUUUAAAUUAUCUUUGCAGUAUGUACAGAUAGAUGUACACAUGCCAUAAUUUUUUAUUGAAAUUUGUUGGAAUAAAACUCGGCAAAUUUUUUUUAGUAGGUACAAGCCUUUUAUUCAUGUUAGUUGAAGUUUUUAACAGGUUAAAAGUGCCAUAGACAACUCUUAUAUACCUUAGCUAUUAAAAUUAGCAUGGAUUUUUAAAUCCAAUAUGAGUCAUCCUAAUUAACAGACUGAUACACCAUGUCUCAUUCUUCAUUCCUGCCUUUAAAUUGGAAUUUUUUGAAUGGUUAUCUUUCCACUGUAUCGUAAUUUUAAUCCCACCCAUCCAAACAUUAAUUUUGACUUGUACAUACUGUAUAUAUAUAUAUGUAUAUAGUAUAUAUUUUUAUAUUACCUGUCAGUACUUUGUGCUGAAUUCAUAAGCUAAGAGAGCUCCACACCCAAUGUAUGUGUUAGUACAAUAUUAAGUAAUUUUAGUCCUAGUCUGUGUCUGCCCAAAAUACUGUGCAUACUAUGGGCUUUUUGCAAAAAUUGUAUCACUUUUAUGCAUUUUCUGAGUAAAAGUGUUACUUUAUUAACAUAUUAUUAUUUUUAUCAUUAGAGUUUAUCAAAUCUAGGUUCAACCCUGAGUCAGAUGAAGCCAUUGCACGUGCUUCUUUAAACUUGUUGCCUGUGUUCAUAAGUACCUAGGUAUUAGAUCUGUCUUUGUUGGUUGCAUUCUAGUGAAGAAGACCCUAGGACCUCAGUGGAAAUAAGCCACACUACUUGGCUUUCUUGGGUUAUCCAGGGUUACUAACUCUCCAUGGUUUAUAAACAGGAUAGUCUUCUUGAUUUCUAUAGAUUACCAAUAACCUGACUUAUGCAUGCAGUGAGAGGUGUAUGUCUCUCGGUGUUUGUAUGUUAAGAGUUUACUUUAAUCCCUGUUUUAGGGAUUAAGGUAUUCUUUAUUGGUAGCAAUCAGGUGACACAGCCUUAAUGACCCUCAUGUAGUUGAUAGGCUUGAAACCCCAUUAACCUAUGUGCAGUUGGUGGUAGGAGAAUCAGGUUUCCACUAGUCCUUAUUCUGCAUGAUCCACUUUGGGUUAGUACUCCAUGAAAUACAUUAGCAUAUUGCUUUCUCUUUACCUUCCUGCAAGUUAUAAAUAUCUCAUACAAAGUUUGUAUGUACAGCUGUGUAUUAGAACUAUAGUUGAGUAAUGAGCAAGGCAGAUAAUUACUCAGAAAGCUGUGAAUUGGCAAUAUACAUUAAAUACAGUAUGCAAUUUGGUUUUGCUUGAACAUGCACAUGUUUUUAUUCUUUAUUCAGCAAAUAUACAGUAUAUGAAAGUAAAAGUAGGGGAUACAUAAAACUGUGAAUGGGGGCAUACACAGUGGCACAGCCAGGAUUGAAAUAUGGGGAGAUCAGAACUGAAAAAAAAAAAAAAAGAAAACCAUUUUUAAAAGUACAGUGGUCCCUCGCUUUUCGUAGUUCUCGGCAAUCGUAAAUUUCGCCAAUCAUGGGUAUUUUCGUAUAAACAUGGACUCGCUUUUCAUAGGUUGACUCGCGAAUAGUAGUUCGUCUGGGACGCGUACGCACGGUGUGAGCCGGGGCGGCGUCCCUACCCAGCCAGUCUGGCAUUGUUUACCAGUGAGUGAAGGUCCCCUCAAGUGCUCCUACGAAAUAUUUCAUAAUAUUCCACUCAUUUUAGUGCUUGCAAUUACUAAAUAAGCUACCAUGGCUCCAAAGAAAGCUCCUAGUGCCAAGCCUGUGGUAAAGAAGGUGAGAAAUAUGCACAGUGACAAAGUCUUGGGCCAUUUUCGGGAAGUGUUAAAGAGACGCCAGAAACAGAGCUCUCUCCACAGUUACUUUGCGAGACAGGACUAGAGUGACUCUCAAGGUGGUCCUUGUGGCAUUAAGAAACAGAGAAGAGAAGCAACCCCAGAGAAGCAAUUGGUACCUGAGGUGUUGCUGGAAGGGGAUUCCCCUUCCAAACUGUAAACAAUCCAAUCUCUCUCCUCCUCCUGUCUCCCAUACACUAAGAAGAAUCUCCAAUAAAGGUAAGUGUUAUGCUGUUAAUGUUUCAUUCAUCAUUUCCCAUUGUAUUGUUUAUGUACUAUAUGUAUAUUUCAUGUAAAUUUUUUUUUGUUUUAAUACUUCUGGGUGUCAGGAACGGAUUAAUUGUAUUUACAUUAUUUCUUAUGGGGAAAAUUGAUUCGCAAAUCGUAAAUUUCGUUUAUAGUAACGGCUCCAGGAACGGAUUAAUUACGAAAAACGAGGGACCACUGUAUCAUUUUCAGUAUAUGUAUGAAAUUUCUUAUAGUGCUUUCGUGGUCACUGGUCAAUAUAAUCCAGUAAAAAUUAGCCAUUAAUUAAAAAAAAGUAUUUUCAUGUAGGGGAGGCAUUAGCUCCAUUAGCCCCCUAUCGUCUGGCUGCACCUCUGCAUAUGUAUUCGUGUGUAAUAUACUGUACUUUGAUCAUUCAUCUGAUACAUUCAGUUUUUUUUUUUUAAAAAGUUCUUGGUGAAACAAAUACUGUUGAGGGACUUAAUACAAAUAAUUGAAGCUACUUUAAACUUACUUGGU